UCAUGAGGUUUCACUCUUCUUCUGUGCAUUAUGUUGAAUAAUAAUGAGUGUGUGACAGCAGCACUAGAUAUAAUGUGUGUGUUGUGUUCAGAUCUUCAGGUGGAGUCUCCUGAGAGAGUGACAGAAGGAGGUAAUGUCACUCUGACAUGUAAAAGCAGCUGCACUCUGACUGACAGAGCAACAUUCAUCUGGUACAGAAACUCACAGCCAUUAACUGAGAGAAGAGACAGAAACAAUGAACUCCUGCUGCAGUCAGUCAGAAGAGAGGAUGCAGGCAGAUAUAGCUGUGCUCUACAUGGACACACUUACAUCUCUCCUGCUGUUCAUCUCAAUGUCACGUAUGCACCAAAACGUGUCUCAGUGUCCAUCAGUCCAUCAGGUGAAAUAGUGGAGGGAGAUUCAGUGAAUCUGAGCUGCAGCAGUGAUUCAAACCCACCUGCAAAACUCGACUGGUUUAAAGGAAAAAUGUUUGUAGCAUCUGGAAGAAUCUACAGCAUCUCAAAGAUCAGCUCUGAUCACAGUGGAAAAUACAAGUGCAAGUCCAUCAAUGAACAUGGAGAGAAAUAUUCUUAUGCUGUGACUUUAAAUGUCAUGUGUGAGUUAAUGACAAUGACUAACUGUGACAACAAAUUCCUUUAG